UGUGACAGUUGUAAGACGGAAGUGUGACUUUAGCCUAGCGCGAAUUUUCUUCUGAGGGUCUUUCAAGUUUCCCUAUUGAUUGUUAACCUCAUCAUAGCAGUUCACAGUGAGUGGAAGAGCCGAGCAAGACUAAAACAGAAGUUUAUACAGAGCAGAAAGUGAGCUGCUGUGUCAGACAUCUGACGACAAGAAAUGGCGGAUGGCGGAGAUCUAAUGGACGGUGAUCUGGAAGAUGGGGAGAUCUCCGGGUCCGGCUCGGAUACUGAGAUGGGAACCGCAGCAGCACAAGGCCGACCUCAAAUUGUUCCAGCUUUCAGCGGGCAGUCCUUCCAGAGCAGAGCCGCCGCCCAGCCUCCACCAGCCGCCUACCGCACGGUGGAGUCCAGCGACAGUGACCCGGAGUCGUCGGACGAGGAGGCGGCUGUCUGGCGUCGGAAGCGCCAGAAAGUGUCCAACGCUCCCCAGCCACCUGCCUGCACCACCCGGCCAGGUCCUACGCGCCUGCCCGUGCCUAGCGUCCUGGCAGGCCGCAAGGUGAACAACAUUUGGGGCUCUGUGGUCCAGGAGCAGUGCCAGGAAGCCAUAACUGCAGAGCUUGGCAUAUUUGGCAUGGAAGGUGAAGUUAGCAUGUCCAGCAGAAAUGUGGAGACUUAUAACUUUGUCCUGGCACGUAAGAUAAUGGAGAAGGAGAGGGAGGUGGAGAGGCAGUCUAAGGAUGAAGGAGAGGUGAGCAUGCUGGAUUCCCAGCUGGAGGACUACAUGAAGGGCCGGGGGUCAGAGGAGAGUGCAGGAUGUGAUGCAAAAAGGAAGAGAGCAGCUAAAGACAGACUGGGCCCCAGAGCUGAGAUGGACAUCAAGGGCCGGUAUGAAAUCACAGAGGAUGACCCUGAGGAUAAAGUGAUAGAUGAGAUAGCACACAGGCUGCAAGAGCCUAAAAAAGAACUGAUAGAACGUGUUGUUACAGUCGUUGGAAAGAAAAAAGCCAUAGAACUGCUUGGCGAGACUGCCACGCUGGAGGAAAAUGGCGGAGUAUACACCAUGGAUGGUAGCAGGCGACGAACACCUGGUGGGGUGUAUCUCAACCUGCUGAAAAACACGCCCAGCAUCACCAAGGCCCAGAUCAGAAAGAUAUUCUUUGAGGAACACCAGAAAGAGUACAAGAGCAAGAAAGCUGCUCAGAAGAGGAGGCGGCACAUGGUGGCCAAGAAGAUGAAGCAGGCCAUCGGCACACUUAACUUGCAGGAGCACGACGACGUCUCCAGGGAGACUUUCGCCAGUGAUACCAAUGAGGCCUUGGAGUCAUUGGAGGAGGCUGCGGAAGAGGAAGAGGAGGGGCAGGAGGAAGCUGCUGUGGGGACUGAGGAGACAGCAGUGGUCUACAACUCUGCUGACCUGGAGGUCUUCUGAGGACUGUUUGACCUCUGAGAUGACUUGGACUAAUGUUAACAUGAAACACUGAAAGCACUGUAUAUGUGAUGAAUACAGAAUGAAACCUGAGUGUCCUUUUCUACCUUAGCAAUAAAAGGGGAAUUUAAAAUAUUGUUUUUGUUUGAUACAGCAUGUAUUAGAUCUCAUCAGACAUAAACUGAGUAAGACUUACAUGUUGGUUUGAUUUGUGAUGCAAAUGUUGUUUGCCUUUAAAUCAAAACUAUCAAAAACUUACCUAAAUUGUUGCAAAAUAUAUGUUGUUGAUUGUCAAAUCUAAUCUUAUAAUUUUCAUCACAAGGUCUUGUUUGAUUCAUUCGUUUAAUUGUGUCUGAAAUAAAUAAAGGUGACU